CAUCAGUUUCCUAUCUCUUCCCCACAACCUAUGCUUGUGAGGAAGCGGGUCAUCUCUCUAUGACCAUGGCUUCCCCAUUCCUUCUCUUCCUCAUCCUCACCUCCCUUCUCUCCUCCUUUGCCCCCAUUGCCCAUUCAAAUCAACACCAUCCGCACCCUCAUGCCCACCGCAGUCCCCGCCUCACUGAAAACUACUACGCAAAAACAUGCCCAAGCUUCGAUAAAAUCAUUCAAGAGACUGUCACCACCAAACAGAUCUCCAACCCCACCACCGCCGCUGCCACCCUUCGCGUCUUCUUCCACGACUGCAUGGUCGAGGGUUGUGACGCCUCUGUCCUCAUUUCCUCCAAUUCCUUCAACAAGGCCGAGCGUGAAGCCGACCUCAAUGAAGCUCUCGCUGGGGAUGCCUUCGACCUAGUAACACGCGCCAAGCAAGCCCUCGAGCUCGCUUGCCCCGGUGUUGUCUCAUGUGCUGAUAUUUUAGCUGUCACGACACGUAACCUCGUCAAGAUCGUCGGUGGGCCCUUUUUUAAGAUCUUAUUGGGCCGAAAAGACGGCCUCGUGUCAAAGGCUUCGCAUGUCGAGGGAAACCUAGCUAGGGUUAACACAUCAGUCGAUCGUAUGAUCGACAUGUUUAAGGAAAAGGGUUUCACUGUCGAAGAAAUGGUGGCGUUGACCGGCGGUGGACACACAAUCGGAUUCUCUCACUGCAAGGAAUUCAGCAAUAGGAUCUUCAAUUAUAGUAGGACAUCGCAAGUUGAUCCUGCAUUAAACCCUAAAUUCGCACAGAGGCUUCAAAGCAUGUGCGAAAAUUACCACACUAAACCAAACCAAGCUGCGUUUAAUGACCCCAUGACACCAGGGACAUUUGAUAACAUGUACUUUCAAAAUUUACAAAGGGGGUUGGGGCUUUUGCAAUCGGACCAAGUGUUGUUGACGGAUCCACGAACAAGGCCCUUCGUCCAGUUGUAUGCAAGGAAUCAGACCGCAUUUUUCCAUACAUUUGCAAGGGCAAUGGAGAAGACGAGUGUAUACGGUGUUAAGACCGGGAAGGAGGGAGAGGUGAGGUACCGGUGUGAUGCAAUUAACACCGUUAAUACAUGAUUGAAUUCAAUUUUUAUAUUCAAGGCUUCAAGAGACCCAUGGAAGUGAUCAAGAGAGAGAGAUUGCUUUUCCUCAUUCUUUUUUAAUAUGUUCUUUGAGUUUGUUGAUUUGAUGAUCAUGGUUAAAAUAUAUGAUAAUACAUUCAAAUAUUUGUACUGUUGUAUACAACAACCGUGUUGCAUGGAAAGUAAAAAGGAAAGAGAAGUUCUUUUAUACAUGGCUUUGUUAUUAUUGAAAUGGUUGUUGUCAUACAUGAGUUGAAUGUAAUGUCUUUCAAGAA